AUGUCGGAUUACGAGUUUGAGUACGAAACCGAGGACGAGUACUCGAAUUUGGAGUCGGAGGCAGACUCCCUGGACGAUUUGGACUCGGAGGACGAGAUCGGCGACGUUCUCAGGGCAGAUUCUGUGCACUACAGCUUUAAGAACAAACAAACGGCGGGGGGUCUUUGCACCCACCGAAUGCGCUACAAGCCGGUGGAGGCGGACGAGAUCGAAGCGCAGCUCAAGGCGCGUGUUGCCAACGUCGACACGAUCCUGCAGCUCGGUGCAGACGACUGCACGGUGUUGUUGCUCAAGUACGGCUGGAACGACCAGAAGCUGCUGGAGGACUACACCACGCAGGAGCCAGAGAGCCUGCGGCGCGAGUGUGGCCUGGGGCCCGAGUCCAGGGUGCGCGCACGGCUGGUGCGCGAGUCGGAGCCGCAGUUCCUGUGCCAGAUCUGCUGCAGCGACGGCCCGCUCUACACUUUUCAGUUAUCGUGGUGCGACCACCGGUACUGUGUGGACUGCUACGUACGGUACAUCCGGGGCGGGCAGAGCGCGCUUGUCAAGUGUCCCGACACGUCGUGCGCGCUGUACGUGCGGCCCGGCGAGCUGGAACAGUUGAGCACGUUCGAAGAGCAAAGAGUGCGCCAGCAAGAAGAGCACGAAAACCAGCUGCGCAAACAGUCGGUCUCGGGCCCGCUCACGUCGGAAGAGAUCAUGGCCAAGUACCAGAAACCGCUUGUCGAUAGCUCGGACGAGGAGCUCGACGAGGACCAGGAAUCGGACGAGAGUGCCGAAGACGCUCUGUUCAACUUCCACGAACGACACAUCAAGCAGCAACGCCUGGAAAAACAGAAUCAGCGCAACAAAAUCCUGCUCAGGCGGUACUGGUACACGGUCGUGGUGCAGUACACCAAGAAACAUUUCAAAACGUUCAAGAACUGUCCCGCCAUCGACUGCGAGUGCUUCAUUGAGUACCUGGGCUUUGACUCGGACGUCAUCACGUCUGUGGAAGAGUAUGUGGCUCACAAGUACAUUCCGAUCGUGCAAUGCUCGAACGGCCAUCGGUUCUGCUACGCGUGUCUCAGCGAAGACCACGCUCCGGCAACGUGUACCGUGGUGCAGACCUGGAUCAAAACCUGCGCAGACGAAACUGAAACAUCCCAUUGGAUCACCGCAAACACCAAAGACUGUCCCAAAUGCUCGUCUCCAAUUGAAAAAAACGGUGGUUGCAACCAUAUGACCUGCGGCGAGUGCCAUUACCAGUUCUGCUGGAUCUGUUUGGGAGACUGGAGUCGUCACAAAAACAACUACGUCUGCACCAGUUUCAACGACGAAGAGUCCAAGAAAGAGCGCGAAAAACAAGAAACUUCUCGGGUCUCUUUGAAACGGUAUCUCUUCUACUUUGAUCUGUUUGAAAUUCACCGGGUCUCUUUAAAGAAAGAUACCGAAUUCUUGGCCAAGCUGGAACACAGAGUCCAAGAGAUCCAGCAAAGAGCUAAGGUCUCCUGGAUAGAAGCUCACUUCUACCGUGAGUCGAUCGAUAUACUUCUUCGAUGCCGUAUCACCCUCAUGUGGUCGUAUGCAUUGAUGUUUUAUUUUAAAAGCUCUGCAGAAAAGGGAUUCUUGGAGAGAACACAGAGCAAUCUCUCAAAUCAUGUCGAGGCCCUCUCCAAGCUAUUUGAAAUCACCCCAACAGAAAAGGUCAUCAAGGAAAAAGAGGCCUUUUUAACGAAGUCCAACGCUUUAAAAUCUUGCCAUGAAAAAUGCAUUGAAAAGUUCAUGGAGUCUCUGGUUCUUGGUAGGAUCAGCUUCACAUCCGAACUUAAAUAA